GACCUCACGAUCCCAAUUGACAAACAUUUCCGAGAAGUUAAAGGCGGCGAAACGCAUAUUGACCGGUCGCCGUUCCCGUUCGCCGGUUGAAUCACGGCAUCACAACGGGCUUCCCCUAUGGCGUUCUCUUCGGUUCCCAUGAAAUGCCCUUCUGUUCUUCAUCUGCGAGUUCUUCCUAAAAGUUCUGCAAAGCGAAGUUCAAUUUCCUUUCCAUAUUUACCUACGAAAAUCAGCCAUAGGAAUUCCUUAUCAAUUCGAUCGGUUACAGUCCCUGCUGCUCCAACAUCUGAGGGUAUAGCUCCGGCUAUCUCAUUAACAGAUAAUGCACUGAAACACUUUAACAAAAUGAGAACUGAACGUAAUGAAGACUUGUGCUUAAGAAUUGGUGUCAGACAGGGUGGAUGCUCUGGUAUGUCCUACACGAUGGAGUUUGAGAACAGGGCAAAUGCUCGACCUGAUGACUCAAUUAUAGAAUAUAAUGGUUUUGUGAUUGUAUGUGAUCCCAAGAGCCUACUGUUCUUGUUUGGAAUGCAAUUGGACUACAGCGACGCACUUAUCGGUGGGGGUUUCUCGUUCAAGAACCCGAAUGCUACACAAACUUGUGGUUGUGGAAAAUCAUUUGCUGCAGAAAUGUAGAAUCAUCAUUUGUAUAUAUGAAUGGUUCAACAGGAACUUGAUAGUUCUAUGUUAAAGAAAACUUUGUUUUACCAUUGAUCCUAAUAGUAUACCUUCCAUUACGAGUCUUCUGUA